AAAAAUGAAUAUUCAAAGUACUUCAAAUCCAGAAAUUGUAGAAGUUAAAGUUUUUGCCAAUGGAAAUGUUAAAAAGGAAGUUAAUGAUGAAGAUGGACAAUUUUCUCAAUUAGUUGAUCAAAUUUUGGAAAAAAAUACUUUUGUUGAAUUUAAUUUUACUAUAAGUUCUAAAGGGAGGGAAUUGUUGAGAAGAGAUGGUUUUGAAUUUCGUUUUGAAGGUGACAGCAAAAUUGAAGAAGGCACGGAAAUAUGGAGAUGCGUACAUCAACAGCCUUAUUGUAAAGGCCGUAUUCACGUAAAAAAAGAUUUGUUGGUCCAUGAUGGCCAAAAAUUUAAAUUGGGAGUAGUAGUUAAUGGAGAACACAAUCACCCUGCAAAACACGAAGCUGUGAGGGAUGCUUUAAAUAUUUUGAAGGAACAGGCUUGUAUGGAAAAUCCGCUCCCUGUUAGAGAAGCUGUUAAAUUGGCACGGGAAAGUGUUCCUAUUGAUUUGAGAAAAGCAGGAGAAUGUUCUACUGCUACAAUGGGGAGGUGCUAUAGAAAUUAUUUAAAGAAAUUUAAAAAUCAAGCUAUGGAUAUCAAAAUUGAUUUGGACUCUGAACCACCUCCAUGUAAAUCUUCUUGGUGGUAUUGGUUUAGUAAACUUGAUGAGAAUUUGGCUGGAUGUAAAAAUUGUGAUUGGGUAAAGAGCCGAGGAAAUGCUAAAUCAACAAGUAUUUUGCGCAGUCAUUUAAAGUCUCGCCAUCCAGAUUUAUUUGCUGAGAAACUUGAGGCUGAUCAGAAUUCUUCUAAAUGGAAAGCGCCAAAGAGGAAAGCACCACAGGACACUAAUUCUUUUGAAAUUGCGGUGAAGUCGGUUUCUGAAUGUUUGGAGCAAAGCAAUCAUUCUUUUGUGGCUAUUGAGAGUCCUGCGCGUUCACAGGCUUCGCUUUCUGAUGUUCAUGACUGUAAGAAAUUUUAUAAUAUUUUAUGA